AUGCAGUUGGCCGAUUUGAACCAAGCCGCCGUCCACUCGAUAAUGGAGAAUUGUUGGAAUAAGCGGAAGGAGUGGAGAAAGCGACAACAAAGCAGCCAGGAGGCCAAAGAACCCACCGCGGUGACGUAUGAUGGCAGUAAUGUGAGUCGUUUUGGGCUAUUAAGCAAACUGUUGACUGUAUUGGAAAAAGUUCCUUAUUUUGGCCACAACAAAGGUACUCCGCGAACUGCGCCCAAGCUUAGGCACUAAAGUUUGGAAAGAACGCUUCGACCUAGCUGGCACUGAAUUACUAUAAUAGCUCUAUAGUUUUAAGGGUACCUACGAAGGCUGUGACGACUCAUUUAUUCCAUACGGAGUCAAUAAGUUUAGUUCCGGACAUGUUUCAUCGUAUAAAGUGUAAAAUCACAGGCUGCAGCCGUUUUUGAAGGGUAAGGUGGUACGUAAAAAAGAAGGUACCUCACUAACUAAAUCCACUGUCCGGGCAUUGACAACGAUGAAUUAAGCGUGCACGCUAAAUUUGGGCUAAUUCCGACCAGUUUCCGCAAAGUUAUAAGUUGUGGCCAAAAUAAGGAACUUUUACCACUGUAUUAUUUGCCUCGUUUCAGAUUGUCACCCCCGCCAAACCCGAGAAUUUGAAUGUCAAAUUGAUGUUUGACACCGCCGGAAGUCCUGCAUUGCCGGAACCCAAGAAGUCGACGACUGCCAAUAAGUAA